UGCGUUUUCCCGGAGAAUGGAAGCGCAUGACGGGGAUUACUAUAUUCUCACACUUUUCCAGAUACACCAGCUCAACUAAAUAGAGUCGCCUAUACCGAUCGGGGUAAUUGGAUUUUAUAACAUCCACCUACUCAUCACAAAAAAAAAAUAAUAAUAAUAAUAACGGCAAACUCGUGUUUUAGACCGCACGGCGAGGGGCUAAGUUGCAUCUUUCUGUAAUGGUAAAAAGGCUGCCGCGAUCCUGGCCAGUGGAAUUUAGAGAGACUCUGCCUUUAGACAAUCCCGUUUUACACAAAUUGUCAGACUGAAACUGAGCAACUUCAGCGUUUUUCUAUAGGAUGUCGCGCCGCAAGCAAGCUAAGCCAAGAUCACUGAAAGUAGAAGACAAUGUGACAGAGGACCAGCACAGUCCUGGGCAGACUGCCAUUCCAAGCGAUCCAGAGUGCGCCCUCGAGAGGGCGGCGGAGGAUGGUGAGACCGGGCGUCUGAGGAAGAGGCUGCUCUCUCCAGAGGAAGGAGAGGAGGGAGAGGACGACGACGAGGAGCCCGCGCUGCACAGCUGCGACAGCUGCCGGCAGGUGUUCGAGUCGCUGAGCGAUCUCACCGAACACAAGAUUAAUCAAUGCCAGCUGACAGACGGUGCUGAUCUUGAGGAUGACCCAUCGUGUUCUUGGCCAGCAUCAUCUCCUUCCAGUAAGGAUCAGACUUCUCCAGGACACUGCGAGGACUAUGAUUUUGGGGAGGAAGAAGGGGGCCCUGGCCUGCCAUACCCAUGCCAGUUCUGUGACAAGUCCUUCAGCCGCUUAAGCUUCCUCAAGCGCCACGAACAGAGCCACGGGGAUAAACUCCCUUUCAGCUGCACCUUUUGCAGUCGCUUGUUUAAGCACAAGCGCAGUCGAGAUCGGCACGUGAAGCUACACACCGGUGAUAAGAAGUACCACUGUGGGGAGUGUGACUCUGCCUUUUCCCGCAGUGAUCACCUCAAAAUCCACAUGAAAACUCACGCCUCUAACAAACCCCACAAGUGCCCUGUGUGCCGCCGAGGCUUCCUUUCCUCCAGCUCCCUCCACGGCCACAUGCAAGUACACGAAAGGGGCAAAGAUGGCAGCAGCUCAAGCCUUUCUCGAGCUGAUGAAUGGAAGCUGAAAGAAACUCGCAAAUGCAGCCGUUGUGAAGAGGGCUUUGACGUUCCAGAGGAGCUCCAGAGGCACAUCGCGGAGUGCCACCCUGAGUGCUCUCCAUCAGAGGAUGGAGGCCUGGGUGCCACACUGCAGUGCAUUUACUGCCAUGAGCCCUUCAGUGAUGAGGGAACCCUGCUGACCCACAUUGACCAGGCCCACAGCCGAGACAGGAAGGGCCACACCUGUGCUAUCUGCUCUGAGCACUUUCUGUCUGUCGAGGACCUCUAUGCUCAUAUGGACAUCCACCAGCUCCCCGAAUCUAGUAACCAUAGCAACAGCCCUUCUUUGCUGACCGUGGGCUACACCUCUGUCUCUAGCACCACUCCUGACUCCAACCUCUCUGUCGACAGCUCCACAAUGGUGGAGACGGCGCCACCUGUGCCCAAGACAAGGGGGAGGAGAAAGAGGGCGGCUCAAAACACAACGGACAUGGGAGGACGUGCCUCCAAACAGCCUAAAGUCUCCUACAGUUGCAUCUACUGCAACAAGCAAGUGUUUUCCAGUUUGGCUGUGCUUCAAAUUCACCUGCGAACCAUUCACCUGGACAAGCCAGAGCAGGCUCAUACUUGCCAGUUCUGUUUGGAGGUUCUGCCCUCUUUACUAAAUCUAAAUGAACAUCUUAAGCAGGUCCAUAAUGCAGAAGACCAUGCUGUCCUGUUAGCCAGCUUGCCUGACGCCCUCCUUCAGUGUAAUUUCUGCCCUGAGGUAUUGACUGACCUCAACGGCCUCCAGGAACACAUUCGCUGCUCCCAUGGCUUUCCCAGUCCUGUGGCAAAGGAGAGCAAUGCCUUCUUCUGCCCCCAAUGCUUCAUGGGGUUUUUGACCGAGACUACUUUGGAGGAGCAUGUUCGUCAGACUCACUGUGAUGGGGGAAGCCUGCGCUUUGACUCCCCCAUGGCUGUAACUCCCAAGGAGUCUAUAGUAGAGGUGUACUCCUGUUCGUACUGCACCAAUUCCCCAAUAUUCAACAGUGUUCUGAAGCUCAACAAGCACAUUAAGGAGAAUCACAAGAACAUUCCACUGGCACUGAACUACAUCAACAAUGGAAAGAAAUCCCUGCGCACUCUUAGCCCCUCUUCUCCAAUAUCAGUGGAACAUACCCUGCUUAAACAAGGCGGCUCAGCCUCACGCUCUACCGGUGAGUUCAUAUGUAACCAAUGUGGAGCCAAGUAUACCAGUCUAGACCUUUUCCAGACUCACCUAAAAACUCAUCUGGAUGGUAUGCAGCCUCAACUCACCUGCCCACAGUGCAACAAAGAGUUCCCCAACCAGGAGUCCCUGUUGAAGCAUGUGACGAUCCACUUCACUAUUACCUCCACUUAUUACAUCUGUGAGAGCUGUGACAAGCAGUUCACUUCAGUGGAUGACCUACAGAAGCACCUACUCGACAUGCACACCUUUGUGUUCUUUCGUUGCACUCUGUGUCAGGAGGUGUUUGACUCCAAGGUGUCUACUCAGCUCCACCUGGCCGUAAAGCACAGCAAUGAGAAAAAAGUGUAUCGCUGCACCUCCUGCAACUGGGACUUCAGGCAUGAGACUGACCUACAGCUACAUGUCAAACACAGCCAUCUGGAAAACCAGGGCCGUGCCCACCGCUGCAUUUUUUGUGGGGAGUCCUUUGGCACAGAGGUGGAGCUGCAGUGCCACAUCACAACCCACAGCAAGAAGUAUAACUGCCGCUUCUGCAGUAAGGCCUUCCAUGCCAUCGUCCUUCUGGAGAAGCAUUUGAGGGAGAAACACUGUGUGUUUGAGGGAAAGGCACAGAACUGUGGUGCUAAUGGUUCUGCUGUAAGUGUUGUGGAUGGCCAGCCUAAAGAAGAUGCUGAGCUACAUGGUCUCCUAACCAACAGCCAUGGUUCAGGGGUAGCAGUAGGAUCCGUGGUGGAAUCUCAGAACAGCCGGGAUGGAAGUGAGGAAGAGGUGGACACUGCAGAUCCCAUGUAUGGGUGCGACAUCUGCGGGGCAUCUUACACCAUGGAUUCACUCCUCACUAACCACCAGUUGAGGGACCACAAUAUACGCCCUGGUGAGAGUGCCCUGUUGAAAAGGAAAGCUGAAAUGAUAAAGGGCAACCACAAGUGCAAUGUCUGCUCCCGCACCUUCUUCUCUGAGGCUGGGCUGAGGGAACAUAUGCAGACCCACCUUGGGCCUGUCAAACACUAUAUGUGCCCCAUCUGUGGUGAGAGGUUCCCUUCCUUGCUCACCCUUACUGAGCACAAGGUCACCCAUAGCAAGAGUCUGGACACAGGCAGCUGCCGCAUUUGUAAGAUGCCACUGCAUUGUGAGGAGGACUUCCUGGAGCAUUGCCAGAUGCACCCUGACCUGAGGAACUCCCUGACAGGUUUCCGCUGUGUGGUGUGCAUGCAGACAGUCACCUCUACUUUGGAGCUCAAGAUCCAUGGUACCUUCCACAUGCAAAAGACAGGCACUAUGUCCGGCAACCACCAACCCAUGGGCCGAAACAAUAUGAUCUCUCAUAACCAGCAGCAACACCAUAUCCAAAAACCUUUCAAGUGCGCCUCUUGCCUGAAAGAUUUCCGGUCGAAGCUAGACCUGGUGAAGCUGGACAUCAACGGACUGCCUUACGGACUCUGUGCAUCCUGCGUAACAGCAGCUGGCUCCAAGAGCUCCAGUCCAACAGUGAACGGAGGAAGGCAACAGCAGCAGCAUGGUGGAGCCACCACCCCAGCAACAACUACAGCCACGUGGAUCCAGGGGGAGAGACUCAGCCCUGGAGAGGGGAAAGGCAAAGCCGUCUCUUCAUCAUCUUCAUCCUCUUCUACAUCCUCAUUAUCCGCUGCCAAGACACGAUGCUCCAGCUGUAAUGUGAAGUUUGAGACUGAAGCAGAGUUGCAAAACCAUGUCCACACAGUGCAUCGGGAACAGGCUGGGGACAGCAACGGCGGGCAGCUCAAGACCCCCCAGGUGUCCCCCAUGCCCAGAGCCAGUCCCUCACAAACUGAAGAGAAGAAGACAUACCAGUGCAUCAAAUGUCAGAUGGUGUUCUACAGUGAAUGGGACAUCCAAGUCCAUGUGGCCAACCACAUGCUGGAGGAAGGAUUGAACCAUGAAUGCAAGCUCUGUAGUCAGUCAUUCGACUCACCAGCGAAGCUUCAAUGCCACCUGAUUGAGCACAGCUUUGAAGGCAUGGGAGGAACCUUCAAGUGUCCGGUCUGCUUUACAGUAUUCGUCCAGGCCAAUAAGCUCCAGCAGCACAUCUUCUCUGCACACGGACAGGAGGAUAAGAUCUACGACUGCUCGCAGUGCCCACAGAAGUUCUUCUUCCAGACAGAGUUACAGAACCACGCGUUGACUCAGCACAGCAGCUAACGUGGCAAAGAUCAGCGCUGUGGCCAAGAACAAGGAUCACAUGACGCAGAAAAUAAUGCCUGACCACCAAUUACCAUCAGUGCAGUUUCCCACUGACUGUCUUGCGCUGAACUUUCGGUUCAGUUUCACCACAAGGAACCAUGCUACAGCAAGAAAAAAGAAAGGCAAAGAAAAUA